UGCUGUGUUUGACGUCAUGAGCAUUGCAAUCCCUCUGGGAGUCACCACACCAGAUACAUCCUACUCAGAUAUGGCUGCUGGAUCAGAAAAGGAAGUGGAAGCCCCCUACCUUUCAAGACGAAGUGGCACUACACCAGGAUGUGAAAGUCCAGCGAAAGAGACCCAAGGGGCCUAGGGGGCAGCACACCCCCAGAAGCCAAGUCUAUUCCAGGCAGUACCAGGGAUUAGGGUCUGGGCUGGAAAAAUCCUGGUGUUUUGAAUAUGUUCAGGUCCAGUUCAGACUCUUGAUCCCACAGCCACUUCUUGAGUGAGGGUAUCCUGUCUUGGUAGUGAAUGGAAGAGGGCCUGGUCCCUGGGGCAGUGCAGAAGGCACUUUCAUCAUCUCACUCACUGCAAAUGUCAUGUGAGGUUUCAUGGAAGUAUUAAGAGAUCCAAUUAAGAAGAAUAGUUCUGAGUCUAAACCAGCCCAGAGUGGCUUCUCUAGGGGAAACUCCCCGCUCAGCUGCCCUGAAUCUGUGGAGGCUAGUCCAGCAGUUAAUGAGAAGAGCGUGUAUUCCACUCAUAAUUAUGGGACCACUCAGAGGCAUGGGUGUCGAGGACUGCCUUAUGCUGAUCAUAAUUACGGAGCCCCUCCUCCUCCGACACCUCCUGCUUCUCCCCCUGUCCAGACGAUCAUCCCUCGUUCUGACCUGAAUGGCCUGCCGUCGCCCGUAGAGGAACGCUGUGGAGACAGCCCGAACUCUGAAGGAGAGACUGUUCCUACCUGGUGUCCUUGUGGUCUUUCUCAGGAUGGCUUCCUUCUCAACUGUGACAAGUGCAGGGGAAUGAGCAGGGGGAAGGUUAUUAGACUUCAUCGGCGGAAGCAGGACAACAUAUCAGGUGGGGAUAGCAGUGCAACAGAAAGCUGGGAUGAGGAGCUUUCUCCUUCCACUGUGUUGUAUACAGCAACACAGCACACACCUACAAGCAUCACCUUAACUGUUAGAAGAACCAAACCCAAGAAGCGGAAAAAGAGUCCAGAAAAGGGUCGUGCAGCACCAAAGACGAAGAAAAUCAAGGCAUUUCGAGAGGGAUCCCGGAAGUCCUUGCGGAUGAAGAAUUCUCCCUCUGAAGCACAGAAUUUAGAUGAGAAUACAACUGAGGGCUGGGAAAAUCGGAUAAGACUAUGGACUGAUCAGUAUGAAGAAGCUUUCACUAAUCAGUACAGUGCAGAUGUACAGAACGCCCUUGAACAACAUCUACAUUCUAGCAAGGAAUUUGUGGGCAAACCUGCUAUUUUAGACACUAUUAAUAAGACCGAAUUGGCCUGUAAUAAUACAGUUAUAGGUUCCCAAAUGCAGUUACAGCUGGGAAGAGUCACUCGGGUUCAAAAGCACCGUAAAAUCCUGAGGGCUGCAAGAGAUUUGGCUUUGGAUACUCUUAUAAUAGAGUACCGCGGGAAAGUCAUGUUACGGCAACAAUUUGAGGUCAAUGGGCAUUUCUUCAAAAAACCAUAUCCCUUUGUGCUCUUCUACUCAAAAUUCAAUGGUGUAGAGAUGUGUGUGGAUGCCCGUACUUUCGGUAAUGAUGCUCGCUUCAUCAGAAGAUCAUGUACACCAAAUGCAGAGGUGCGACACAUGAUUGCAGAUGGGAUGAUUCAUCUAUGUAUUUAUGCUGUUUCUGCCAUCACCAAGGAUGCUGAAGUCACCAUUGCAUUUGAUUAUGAGUAUAGUAACUGUAAUUAUAAAGUGGACUGUGCAUGUCACAAGGGGAACCGGAAUUGCCCUAUACAGAAAAGGAAUCCAAAUGCUGCAGAACUGCCACUCCCACCUCCUCCAACCCUCCCUACCAUUGGGGCAGAGACCAGACGUAGAAAAGCACGACGGAAAGAGCUAGAGAUGGAGCAGCAGAAUGAGGCUUCAGAGGAGAAUAAUGACCAGCAACCACAAGAAGUUCCAGAAAAAGUAACUUUAUCCAGUGAUCAUGAGGAAGUAGACAAUCCAGAAGAAAAACCAGAAGAAGAGAAAGAAGAGGUUAUAGAUGACCAGGAGAACACAGCUCAGAGCAGGAGGACCCGAGAGGAUAGGAAGGUUGAAGCCAUUAUGCAUGCUUUCGAAAACUUAGAAAAGAGAAAAAAACGGCGAGAUCAGCCCUUGGAACAGAGCAGCCCUGACAUAGAGAUUACUGCCACCACCUCAGAGACUCCUGUUGGAGAAGAGACAAAAACAGAAGCUUCUGAAUCUGAAGUUAGCAACCUUACUUCAAAUGUUUCCAUCCCAAGCAUCCCACAGAGUAUUGGAGUGAACACCCGGAGGUCUUCCCAAGCAGGGGAUGUUGCUGCAGAAAAACCAGUCCCCAAACCACCUCCAGCAAAGCCUUCCAGACCCCGACCGAAGAGUCGAAUUUCUCGGUACCGGACCAGUUCAGCCCAAAGACUAAAACGUCAGAAGCAGGCCAGUGCACAACAGGCAGAGUUGUCACAAGCUGCCUUGGAAGAGGGAGGAAGUAACAACUCAGUAACUCCUACUGAAACUGGAAGUAUAGACAGUUCAGGAGAAAACAGGCAGUUAACAGGAUCUGACCCAACUGUGAUAUCAGUUACUGGAUCUCAUGUUAACCGUGCUACAUCUAAGUACCCCAAAACCAAAAAGUAUCUAGUUACAGAAUGGCUGAACGACAAAGCCGAGAAGCAAGAGUGCCCUGUUGAAUGCCCUUUACGUAUCACCACAGACCCAACUGUACUAGCAACAACGCUGAACAUGUUACCGGGUCUUAUUCAUUCCCCAUUAAUUUGCACCACCCCCAAACACUACAUUCGCUUUGGCUCACCCUUUAUGCCUGAGAGGCGUCGGAGGCCCCUUCUGCCUGAUGGCACAUUCAGCUCCUGUAAGAAGCGCUGGAUAAAGCAAGCCUUGGAAGAAGGGAUGACUCAAACACCUGUACCCCAAGAGACUAGAACGCAGCAACUAUACCAAAGUAAUGAGAAUAGUAAUUCUAGUAUCUGCAAAGACAAUGCAGACUUGUUGAGCCCAUUAAAGAAAUGGAAGUCUCGCUAUCUGAUGGAGCAGAAUGUUACCAAGUUACUUCGGCCUCUGUCUCCGGUCACACCACCCCCUUCCAGUUCAGGCUCAAAGAGCCCCCAACUGACCGCACCUGGCCAGACUUACCCAGGAGAAGAGGAGUGUCGAAAUGGAUACAGCCUCAUGUUCUCGCCAAUCACGUCUCUUACUACUGCUAGUCGCUGCAACACUCCUCUGCAGUUUGAGCUCUGUCACCGAAAAGACCUGGAUUUGACAAAAGUAGGAUACCUUGAUUCCAACACUAACAACUGUGCUGACAGACCUUCCCUGCUCAACUCAGGUCAUUCUGACCUGGCUCCUCAUCCCUCCAUUGGGCCCACCUCAGAGACUGGCUUCCCAAGCAGAAGUGGAGAUGGACAUCAGACCCUCCUGAGAAACUCGGACCAGGCAUUUCGGACAGAGUUCAAUUUGAUGUAUGCCUACUCCCCUUUGAAUGCUAUGCCUCGAGCAGAUGGAUUAUAUAGAGGGUCUCCCCUAGUAGGGGAUAGGAAGCCUUUACAUUUGGAUGGGGGAUAUUGUUCCCCAGCGGAAGGGUUCCCCAGCAGAUAUGAACAUGGCUUUAUGAAAGACCUUUCUCGUGGAUCCCUGUCACCUGGUGGUGAAAGGACCUGUGAAGGGGUCCCAUCUGCCCCCCAGAACCCACCACAAAGGAAAAAGGUAUCCCUGCUGGAGUACCGUAAACGGAAACAAGAAGCCAAGGAGAAUUCUGCGGGUGGGGGAGGAGACUCUGCACAGAGCAAAAGCAAGUCUGCAGGAGCUGGGCAGAGCAACAGUAACUCUGUUUCUGACACUGGUGCCCAUGGUGUGCAGGGAUCCUCAGCCCGAACCCCGUCAUCCCCUCAUAAAAAAUUCUCCCCAUCUCAUUCCUCAAUGUCCCAUUUGGAGGCAGUAAGCCCAUCGGAUUCCAGAGGCACUUCAUCUCACUGCAGACCUCAAGAAAAUAUCAGUAGUAGGUGGAUGGUUCCCACGUCAGUAGAAAGACUUCGAGAAGGAGGGAGCAUCCCUAAGGUCCUCCGAAGCAGUGUGAGGGUGGCCCAAAAGGGAGAACCCUCUCCCACGUGGGAGAGUAACAUCACUGAGAAAGAUUCAGACCCUGCAGAUGGAGAAGGCUCAGAGACAUUGAGCUCAGCGCUCUCUAAAGGAGCAACUGUUUACAGCCCUUCCAGAUACAGCUACCAGCUCCUGCAGUGUGAUAGUCCACGGACAGAAUCACAAAGUCUCCUUCAACAGAGUUCCUCUCCCUUUAGAGGACAUCCCACCCAAUCUCCAGGAUACAGUUAUCGAACUACUGCACUGAGACCUGGAAACCCCCCUUCUCACGGUUCUUCUGAAUCAUCCCUCUCUUCUGCGUCCUAUCCCAGCCCCGCCCACCCUGUGUCCACAGACUCGUUGGCCCCAUUUACAGGGACACCAGGGUAUUAUAGCAGCCAGCCACAUUCUGGAAACAGCACUAGCAGCAAUCUUCCCAGGAGGAGCUGUCCUUCUAGUGCUGCUAGCCCUACCCCACAGGGCCCCUCAGACUCACCAACCUCAGACUCGGUUUCUCAGUCCAGCACAGGAACUCUGAGUUCCACCUCCUUUCCUCAGAACUCUAGGUCGUCAUUGCCAUCAGACUUACGGACUAUCAGUCUGCCCAGUGCUGGGCAGUCCGCUGCCUACCAGGCCUCCAGGGUAUCUGCGGUUUCCAAUUCACAGCACUACCCACACCGUGGGAGUGGGAGUGUGCACCAGUACCGACUCCAGCCACUGCAAGGGUCAGGAGUCAAGACUCAGACAGGACUUUCCUAGGGCUUCUGGACAUGGGCAAACAGAACUGAACAAGCCCAUAGCUGCUUCCUUCCAGCUGCCUCUGGAUCCUGGGCCGAGCAUAUUGCUGGAGGGGAGGGGGUUACAAGAUGCCAGAGGAUUGGGUCUGGUCGACAAGAAACAAGACUUGUGGUCCCAACUGGCCUCUGGCCUUGGAGAAAGAUGUAAAUCUUGUCUGAAGCAGAGACUAUAAAGAAGUUUCUCCCUGCUGUUAAGGGUACAUUGUUGACAAGCAAAUGGUGUUUUGGUUAGUAACGGUUCUAAGUGCAAUGAGUUGUGUUGAAGCCUCUGUCUCCCAUCCUUGCCUGUAGCCUGUAGUCACUUGUGCAGUGAGGACAUCUUUUUAAAUAAUAAAAAAAAAAAAAAAAAAAAAAAAAAAGUUUUUGUUUCAAAGGAAAAAAAGUGAAAAGAGCCAAUCUCAAAGCCCCAAGCCAUCUGAAUAGUGUUAGGGUUUUAUGCACUUAAGAAUAAAGGUAGGUAUGUAAAUGUUAUCCCUAAGACAACCAUUCCAAAAGCAGAUAUCUGGCCAAGGUGUACUCCCUACCUUUGUCUUAAAUCACCAGGAAAUAGGCAGGGAUAAUAAAGCUUGGAUCUUGCUCCAA